UCAAUGAUUAUACCAUUAUUGAAACGAAAGGACUUUGUACACACUACUUACUCUUCAUUUCUAAUUUCAAACAGUUGAAUAUUUUUUAAAGUGACCCGUGACCCUAUUAUACACUGUAGUCUUUGCCCGUGACUCCAUUGAUAGAUUAAGAGGACCAAACAGUCCAAAAGUUCAACAAAGUUUAAACAUUGCACGUGUUAAAUAGAUACAAAAACUGCGCAAUUCCAUAAUUCAACAGUUAAAGAUGACCAUACCCCAAAAACUAAAUAUCACUUCUCUAAGUAAUCUGCAUAUUAACAAAAGUAACAUAGACUCUCAGAUAACCACUAUUCUGAGGAACAAUCCAGUUUAUACAAAAGAUUAUUUCGAUGCUUGGUUGCUCAGAGCUGUGUCUGUGAUUGAUUUAACAACUCUAUCGGGUGAUGAUACUAAGUCAAAUGUUACUAGACUAUGUAUGCAGGCUGCUCAUCCUGUAUCUACAAGACUGAGACAAAGCUUAGUAAAAUUACUUGAUGGUAAGGUAUUGAGAACAGCUGCAGUUUGUGUAUAUCCAAGUCGAGUCAAGGAUGCUCAUGAGACAAUUACAAGAAUGGGACUCACUGAUGUGCUCCAGAUAGCAGCAGUUGCAACAGGAUUUCCUUCUGGGCUGUAUCCUUUGAAAACAAGAUUAGACGAGAUAGCAUUGACAGUGGCAGAAGGUGCAACUGAAAUAGAUGUUGUGAUUGAUCGCAGUCUAGUGUUGACUGGCCAGUGGGAUGUGUUGUAUAAGGAAGUUGAAGAAAUGAAGAAAGCUUGUGGUCAUGCUCACAUGAAAGUUAUUCUUGGUGUUGGUGAAUUGGGAACAUAUGAAAACGUGUAUAAAGCAUCGAUGGUAUCCAUGUAUGCUGGUGCUGAUUUCAUUAAAACUUCAACAGGGAAAGAGGCAGUAAAUGCUACUCUGCCAGUUGGUUUGGUAAUGUGCAGAGCUAUACGUCAGUUCUACCAGGAUACUGGAAAAAAGGUUGGCCUGAAACCUGCUGGUGGCAUAAAGACCGCGAGAGAUGCUGUCAAUUGGCUUGUUUUGGUGCGAAAUGAGCUAGGCCCAGAAUGGCUAUCGCCUGAACUCUUUAGAAUAGGAGCUUCUAGUUUGUUGGAUGUUAUCAUGAAGGAAUUGACUGUAUAGUAAUUAUUAAAAAUAUAUUCCUAACAGUAGUUGAGAGCAGUAAGCACUCUGAUUUUGCACACAAAAUCAAAUUUGUCAUGGUGCAACAUUACGCGUAACAG